AUGGGCGACACCGACGCAGGACAGAUGGAAACCGAAUCGUCUAGUUCGAAAAUGCCAGCUGAUGACUUGCAAUGCACGAUUUGUCUUUCUUCCAAAUUCUCUCAAGAAUGCCGUGUGAACGGUUGUAAUCACGCAUUCUGUUUCUCAUGCAUAUCCGAAUGGGUCACCCAAUCGAUGCGCCCGUCUUGUCCAAUGUGUCGGCAUGAUAUCGAGAAGAUUUUCUACGAUUUUUCCGAUGAGCUUGGCAAGAAAGAAAUUGGAAUCCGAGAAUAUCGAAGCACACAGAUGUCGAUAUCACCACCCGACCGAGCACAACUUCUUGGUGAAAGGCGAUUAGUUGUCAGGAACUUGAUGCAUUGCUAUAAGCUCGUUAAUCUCCUUGCUUCCGAAGCAUCCGACCUAGACGAAUCGAAGGAAGAGGAGGAAACUAUAAAGAAUGGAUUGUUAGAGUUGAAGAGCACUGUGUCAAACCAUAUUCUCAAUGCAGAAAAAUCACUCGUCGAAUUGCGUACAGAAAUCGUGCAAAAGAAAAAGUCUCUGGUAUUCAGUUCGCUAUCGUUUCGCCGUAUAAUAUAUACAAACAAAAUAAAAAUAAAAUAUAUCGAUCAGAAAAAACCAAAACUGCAGCCAGAGGAUAUUUCCAAGGAUCCCAGUCGAUUCAAGGACAUUGUAAUCGGGUUUCUACUCACCGAAUUUGACGCUAUUCCUUAUCAAAAUCAGCCGAAAGUCGCCGGUCAUAAAUGGAGAACUAAAUUCUUGGGAGCACUAGAGGCUCAACAGAAACAACGUUACGCUGAUGAAAUUUAUCAAUUGAUGAUGUCCAAAUCCGCCGGAACGGAAAACUUCCAGAAAGACCUUGGAGCGAUUCUAUCACCGGUUAGCCAAAUGCAUAUCCAAUUCUUGGAUGAUCAUUUGGAAGCAAUCAUUGCAGUUGAAAAAACAAAUCUCGAGGAAUUCUAUCAAGAAGUGUACUAUGAUUCAAUUUACAACAGCUUCUCUAACAACUUGUUUGACUACAACGCGAUGAUGACGAUGCGCGAUGAUCCAGAGAGUCGAUUUCAUGCAUUGUUCACUCAUUUACACCACAUGAAUCCCAUGGAUUGGUUGGAUCCCUACGCACGUCAUCUGAAUCGUCAAGCAUCGAAUAACGACGGUGGAACAGAUCGAGCCACGAAUAAUGAUGACGACAGUGAUCGAUCGCCUUCUCCAGAAGAAAGAGUUCCAACGCCAAUGCCAGGCGACAAUCCUGCUGCAGAACGGGAUUAUGCGGAGACACUUGUAGGGGGUGUAUUGGAAUUUGAACCAGGAACUCGUGCUACAUUCUCUUUCCGACCGCCCAGUAGAACGUGGCAAGAACUCAGGGAAUUCGGAACAACCAGAAAUGAACCUCCCAGAAGAGUGCUAGAGGGACAGUCGUCGAGAACUCGACCAUACGAAGAGCAUAUGCGAACGCACAUGACUUUGCGAUCUUCAACACGGCGAGGAUCAAGACCAGAAGAAGCUGGGAGCAGAUCAGCAGAAAGCCCGCAACGAGUGGACCCUCAUAUCAGCAGAGAAAGAAUUGCAAGACUUGAGGAACUGCACAACAGCUCAUUGAGUCUAGCGGUAAGUGCCGCUUUGAGGACACAUCAGCAUUCAAUUUUGCAGAAUCUACUGCAGCCACCUCCUGUACCUACAGUAAAUACAUUCAGCCGAUUCUUCGCAGUACAUCCGGGACAUCUCCACCGCACACGCCAAUACCCUGUCUACCAGCCAACCAGACCAGGAGGUAAUCGCGGUGAACGAAUCGAAGAAGGCAACACAGAAGUCGAUGUUGUGGAGAGGCGACAACGUUUAGUAGCAAUUGGUGCGGAUCCAGAACGCAUUCCAGCUAUUGAGGCACUUAUGGACCGGGUUAGUACCCGUUUCCGCUGGUCGCCACCGCCAGCUACUCCACGUCCUCCUGCUCCUCCUUCGGAACCGCUAUUCCGUCGACCAGGACAACCGAGCAGUUCAGGAGCUCGUGUUGUAGUUGACAGUUCCCCAAGAAAUGAAGGCCUCGAUUUUAUAUCAGUUGCUCGUCGGACCAGAGCCGCUAUGAGAGCAGCACAAAGUGCACGACAAGAAGAAGAAGAAGAAGCACCUCCGGCGAAAAGACCUACCACUUCUCGUCGUGGUCGUCGUUGA